AGCCGCCGGGUGGUUAUCGAAUGGGUUCGCUUUCGCGGUGCAUAGUUCAUUGAACCGAACCGCUACAACUCUCCCUCCCACUGUCGACAAAAUCGGCACGCACAAUCAGAGUAGGUGAAGGUGGCGAUUCAGAAAUUCUCCUGUGGCGACCACAUUUCCGCCAUGAUUUCCUCCCGAAUUCCUGUUCCGGUUCUCUUCGGUGAUGGUUAGAGUUUUCGUCUUAAGCUCAUUUCGUUCCAGAUGUGUCUUUUGCUGCUCUGAUUUGUCGUAGUUCUAAUUUAUUUAUUGAAAUUUGUGGAGAAAUCUGAAAUCAUAAGGGAUUCACAUGGGUUUUGGUGUAUGAGACCAAGGGAGAGAUUUUUCUUCGAUCCUAUCAUGUUUUAACUUGUCUCGUUCGUGUCCUUUUUUCCCCUCUGAGAUUUAGGGGAUUUUGCUCUUGGUGCACGAAUUCCGGGGAUUAAGCCAGUAUCUGUUUAAUGGAGAUUGAAUAAAAAAGGAUAAUAAUAUUUCUUCUAUCGCGUGUUAGUUAUUGGUUACAAUUUAACCGAUAAAACUGAUCAAUCUAUUAGAAGGGAGUGAGAGGAAAACAGGAUUUGAUUUUGUUUAAUUUGAAGCUUUUUCUUCAUGGAUGCGAAUUUAGCUUCAGGUAAUAUGAUCCCUGGUGCUUCGUAUGGGGUAAUAGAUCUCCAAGGCUCCAUGCACAUGCAUCACCAUCAAAACCCAAAUGCAUCCUUUCACCAUCAUUUACAACAGUCAGGCCAUUGUCAACGUCAGGGCUCACUGAUGCAUCCUCCUAUGCAUGAUGUUUUCCCACUGCAAAUUAAUCAUAUGAAAGACUGCGAUCAACAACUGGUUCAGCCCAUGAUGGAUUAUGACAAGAAGGGAGAGUGCUGUAAGAACUCUGCAAGUGAUGAUGAUGAACUGAGCUUGAACACUGAUGAUGGUGUUCUUUGCCAGAACGAAGCUGGAAAGGGGAAUAAAGGCUCUCCUUGGCAAAGAAUGAAGUGGACUGAUUUAAUGGUUAGGCUUUUAAUUACCGCUGUUUCUUAUUUAGGAGAAGAUGCCUUGUCUGAGUGCACUAGCAGCGGGAGAAGAAAGGCUUCCUUAGUGCAGAAGAAAGGAAAAUGGAAAUUGAUAUCAAAGGUUUUGGCUGAGAGGGGAUUCUAUGUAUCUCCUCAACAGUGUGAGGACAAGUUCAAUGAUCUCAACAAAAGGUAUAAGAGGCUUACUGAUAUUCUUGGUAGGGGAACAUCCUGCAAAGUUGUGGAAAAUCCAGCGCUUUUGGAUUUGAUGAGCCAUAUUCCUGAUAAGGCUAAGGAUGAUGUGAGGAAGAUUUUGAGUUCAAAGCAUCUUUUCUAUGAAGAGAUGUGCUCUUACCAUAAUGGUAACAGGUUGAAUUUACCAGCUAAUCCAGCUCUUAAGCGUUCAUUGCAGUUAGCUAUGAUGAGUAAAGAUGAUCAUGAAACAAAGAGGGGUGUAAAUGAUGAGCUUGAUGUGGCUAAUCAUGGAGAUUCAGAGGAUGGGGAAGAAGAUCCAGAGGAUAACCAUAGGGAUAUUGGAGGAUCAUGUUUUCACAAGAGAGUGAAGCAUGGAGAAGAAAUGUCCUUUACAAACUCGUUGGGUUCUCAGGAUUUCAACAGAAGGACUGACCCAAUGGCUGCUCACACGGAUGCUAGCUAUGCGCUGCCAGAAGGUCCUAAGGCUGCUUGGUUACAGAUGGAGAUGCUGAGGUCUCGCUCAAUUCAGCUGGAAGAGCAGAGUCUGCAUAUCCAAUCUCAGAUGUUGGAACUUGAGCAGCAGCGGCUUAAAUGGCAACGUUUUAGCAAGAAGAAGGACAAGGAAUUGGAUAAGAUGAGGAUGGAGAACGAAAGGAUAAAGCUUGGUAAUGAAAGAUUGUCAUUAGAUUUGAAGCAUAAACAGCUGGAGCGUGGACUAAAUUGAAAUAUCAAAUCCACAUUUUUAUCAGAGCUAUAAUGUCUCAAUCUACUGGUUUUGAAACCUGACGAUAAUGCUAAGUAAACCUAAGAAAACUGCCUACUUGUAGAUUUUUUUUGUCUUGUCACAAUUCAGUGGCUCUUAGAACUAUCAUAUUGGACUUGCUUUAGUAGAUAUUGGUUAUCAUAGCAUGUUCUCGGUCAUAUAUUGAAGAAGAUGAAUCGAUUUUUAUUCUGGCAUCAUUUUCUUCUGGAAAGCAGUGUAUGAUUGAAGUGCGUUAAUCUUUUUUAUUUCA